GCCAAACCUUAAACCCUGCCUUCCCGUCCUCCCUCGCUCGUUCUCUCCAUCUCCCUCUCCCAUCUUUGCCGCCGCCGCACGUUCACCGGCACGCCUUCCGGGCCGCCGUGCCAAUCACCAAUCGCCGCCUCUUUCCUUAGCCGCUCGUCAUCAUUCGCGUGUCUUGCUUUAACCACUGCUGCCGCUACCCGUACCGACGGCUAAUUACUCGACGCCAUUGUCCAUUGCCACCGGACUGUAAUUCCUAAAGCCGCUUCAUCCCUGUAAAUCGACGUGUUCGGUCGAGCAAUCAUUCGAAAUCAGAGCUUGUCAACGGAGCAAUGGCGGAAGACACUAAAUCUUUUGAAUUAGAAGACAACCAUUACUCAGAACCAGAUUCAAACUUACAGUCCCCAGCGAAAAAAAAGAAGAAGAGUGAAAAGAAGAAGAAGCGAGUUCCAUCAGUGAAUGCUAAAAUCCAAGUUCUCAGCAACCAUCCCCAGAAAACUCCGCCGCUAGUUUGUUAUUUCCCGUCUGGGUUUGAUCCUCACAAGGAUGUCAAUGAGGAAGCAGUCGAGGAACAGGAUUCCGUAAGGGCUAGGGUUUAUAGGCACAAAAACAAACCUAAUAGGAUGCAGCUGGUUGUGAGUCCAACAGGGUCGAAUGUGGAUUUUGUUGGUACCAAUUAUUUGGGCGAGGCUACCGCUGGGAAACAGCAUUGCAGCUAUGGUCUUGGUGUUCUCGACAAGGCCACCCAAAGCUUGAAGAUAGUGCCUAUUGCAUCAAAUAUGAUAUUUAGAUUGGAUCCAAGAAUCAGAGGUUCAGACGUUUCUGAAAUGGAAUCCCCAAGUGUGGAAAAUGAAGAGCUUUCUGUGCAGGAGAAAGCUGAAAAAAUGAGAGAGCUCACCAAUCUCUAUGGAACAAAGAAGUCAAUAAAUCAGGCAAAGAAGCUACAUUCUUUGAAGCAAGAGGAUGAUCCUGAUACCAAGAAGGAUCUCGAUGGGAAAAUGAAAAAUGUAGUGGUGAACAAAGAGGCCUUGGAAAGUACGGGUGCACAAAUUGCUCGUAAUAUACCGACGUAUAAUGUUUCUGCAACUACUCCACGAGAAGCUUACCCACUUGACAAGAUUAUCCUCAAGGGAGAAUGGAGUUAUCUGGAGGAUCUUUAUUCCCUUUUGCAAGAAGAAGCUGAAAUAAGUGCAAAAUAUCCAUCCUUUGUCCGCAACAGAAUUUAUAAAUUGCAAGAUGUUCAGGACGAAGAGGAGAAGAAGCAGCUCUGUUCCAUAUUUUCAUAUAUCACUCAUCUAAUAAAGUAUAAGGAUCAGCAUUCCAUGGGUGAUGUUGCUUCUGCAAAGAGCCAUAAAUUUCCUAGCAUGAUACGCCAAAAGUUCUCAUCCAUGUUUCCGACUUCUGAGGCGCGAAGACUGUCAACAGAGACGAUUAAUCUUCUCAUCAGUCACGUUUUAGUGCUUACGCUAUUUGCCGAUGAAUUCAGUAGCGAUCCAUCAGACAUAGCAAAGGAUCUGAGAACUAGUCCUUACGAUCUACGACUCCAUUUUGAUAACCUGGGUUGUAAGUUUAUACGCAAGAACAACUUGUCAUUGGUUACACUUCCUACCCCCCUUGAAUUUCCCGAGUUGAGGCAGAAGAGACGACGAUAAGAGUGAGAUGGCCAUGGCCAUGGUAUUAGUUGAAGAAGCUGAAUUGUAGGCAGCGAUUUUGUGGAGUUAAAAAGGUAAAUUGUCAUAUUUAUAUUUCAUGUCAUUUCUUUCAUAUUGCAAAUGCAAACUUGUUUUUAUGAAGUAGCUCUGCAUAGAAUGGUGUUUUAUCAUUUGGAAGUUGGAACUUUGGAUGAUGAAGCUUGUUUGGAAAUUCUUUUAGAAUCAUUGAUUUUUCGACGUGGAUGAUAA